CGAGCACACUGGAAACUCCUCUCUUCCCCCAGGUUCCGCUGACAUCUUCGAUAGAUUCAUGAGUCCUGUUGGUAUAAAAAAGAACAAGGACAUCCAGCACUUUCCCCUCCUGUCCCUUUGGCUGAGAGAGUCUCCCCAGAGCCCAGAGCCAAAAGCGGCGCCAUGCCUGCAGAUUACAAUGGAACCUGGGAGAUGGAGAGCAACGAGAACUUUGAGGAUUACAUGAAGGCUCUGAAUAUUGAUUUCGCUACCCGUAAAAUUGCUGCCCACUUGUCUCAGACCAAGGUUUUUGUUCAGAACGGGGACAAGUUUGAAACCAAGACAUUGAGCACCUUCCGGAAUUAUGAGCUGAGCUUCACUGUGGGGGAAGAAUUUGAGGAGCACACCAAGGGGCUGGACAACAGGGUGGUCAAGACCCUGGUGAUCUGGGAAGGGGAUAAACUGGUGUGCACCCAAAAGGGCGAGAAGGCCAACCGAGGGUGGAAGCAGUGGAUAGAGGGUGACAAACUGUACCUGGAGCUUACGUGUGAAGAUAAAGUAUGUCGUCAGGUCUUCAAGAAAAAGAAAUAAAGGAGAUUCACAUUC